AUUAUUUGAGGUCUGAAAGCUCUGCAUCUUUUUUUUUUUGUUAUUUCAGUCAUUUCUCAUUUUCUGUAAAUAAAUGCUCUAAAUGAGAAUAUUUUUAUUUGUAAUUUGGGAGAAAUGUUGUCUGUAGUUUAUAGAAUAAAACAACAAUGUUCAUUUUACUCAAAUAUAAACCUAUAAAUAACUAAAUCAGAGAAACUGAUUCAGAAACUGACGUGGACUCAUAUAUGCAGCUAAAACACUAGGGAACAGCCUAGUGCAUCCCAAAUUAUAUUAUCAACGUUAAUAUUUUAAUAGAACAUUAUAGUCUACAUGGCUUUUAGAAAAAUGUGUUUUGGGGGAAUUUUACAUUACUUUUACUUUUUAUUUUCUUUACUUAAAGAGUAAAAAGCUUAAAUUGAUGCUUCUUAAACUUCUACAGAAGUAUUUUAGAGAAGAGAACACACAGUGCUGAUGCUUUUUUAGCUCCAGCUUGGGGUUUAGAGCUACUCCGGCUGACUGAUCUGAAUCUGGGGUUUAGCGUUAGCAUUUUAGCGCCUGGUAAGCUGCAGGAGACAGCUCACCGGACACCUGGAGACACUGAGCCUCACUCACGUGCACCCUCGUCCAUCUGGCUUUAGAGGACAGCGCUUUAUCAGAUCAGCAGAGGGGUCCGGUGAGGGCACGGCUGGGGAUGGAUGGAUGGUUCAGGUGUGGGAGGGGCUUAGAAGAAGUAGAGGAGUGAGGUGGCCAGGGGUCAGAAGAGUGAGUUUAGCCUGUUCUUGGCGAGAGAGUGAAGAGAGUGUUCGAGAGUAUCCAGACCAUCCAGAUCACUCCAGAGAAUCCCUACCCCAAGAACCAGAGAACCAGAGCCGAGGCAGAAGGGUCAGACUGGGAUCUGAAACUGUGCGAAUCCUGGUUCAUCGGUUCAACGGUUCAAUUCCUUCUGAAGCUCAGGCCGAGUCCGUGUGUGUAUGAGUGUAUCGGGGAUGAUGGCCCAGCAAGUCAGCAGCUCUCCCUUCCUGAAGCCCUUUUACCUGAAGACGCCCAUCAGCGUAUCCAGCCCCCUCCGGCAGCGGCGGCACACCCUGCCCGCCAGCGAGUUCCGCAACCUCACGCCGCAGGACGCCAUCAGCGUGUUCGAGAUCGAGAGGGAAGCUUUUAUCUCAGUGUCUGGAGAGUGCCCGCUGACGCUGGACGAGGUGCUGAGCUUUUUAAGCCAGUGUCCCGAGCUCUCCAUGGGCUGGUUUGAGGGGGGGCAGCUGGUGGCCUUCAUCAUAGGAUCGGGCUGGGACAAGGAGAGACUGGCACAGGAGGCCAUGACCCUCCACGUGCCGGAUUCGCCCACCGUCCACAUCCACGUCCUGUCGGUGCACCGGCACUGCCGGCAGCAGGGGAAGGGCUCCAUCCUGCUGUGGCGUUACCUGCAGUACCUGCGGUGUUUGCCGGGCCUGCGCCGGGCGCUGCUUAUCUGCGAGGAGUUCCUCGUCCCUUUCUACGAAAAAUCCGGCUUCAAGGAGAAAGGAGACUCGGCCAUCUCGAUCGGCACUCUUCGCUUCCGGGAGAUGGAGUACCUGCUGGGUGGGCUGGCGUACGCCCGGCGCAACAGUGGCUGUUAAGAGUCGCCAGUGAUUUGGACGCUUCGCUAAACUAACCUGAGCGACUGCCACUCGGCACUUGACACUCGAAACUUCUGCUGUGGGUUGUCAUCCAUCAAAUCAGAGACUAUUGGACAGCCAGUGACUCACUGAUUCACCGACAUCACCAGGACUCAGGCCAGAAACCAGGAACUGGGGUGGGAACAGUCUGUAGAAUGAUGGUACAGGACAUACGAAGGCUGGAAUUUGCACACUUAUAACCGGUUGCACUUCACACGUCUUGUAAACAGCACUUGUAAAGAUAUUGUAAAGAUGAUCACAUUUCUGAACAUUACAUGAGCUUAAAAACAGAGUUUGGUUUUAGAGAUGCACCGAAAAUACUGAACAAUGACUUCCCCAGACCUCCCCAGGCUCCCGUGCAAUUCAAGGCAGGGAGUGUGGGCGAGAGCCAGGAGGGUGAGCCAACAAACGGCAGGUUUAAGUUCAUUUUUACUGAGUUCAGCAUCACUUAGUUCAGCUCGCUAUCAGUUUACUCAGUUCACUACCUCUUUAUAAACUAAGUGAAAUAUACAGGCUGUACUGCUGUAGAGGGCUAGAAUAAUAACGCUAGCUGAGCUAACUUAGCAUUUGUUGGUUUACCUUAACCCUGAUUGCCUUUCUCUGCGUACAUUCCACUUUCAAUUAAACUUAGGAUUUUUAUUAACAAUUAAAAUAGCACUGCUGAGGUAAAUUGUAAUUCUGUAAUUGCUUUUUCUUUAAAAAGCAAGACGAAUGUACGUUUAUACUAGACAAAAAAAGCAAGAAAAUACAAGUUUCAACCUGUUUCAUUUUGUUAGAUUUCAGUUUCUGACAAAGAUUUAAAUUUUUUUCGGUGCAUCUCUAUUUGGUUUGAUAAACAUGUUCAUAGUGAGCCAUGUUUUCCAUAUAAUUAUUUUUUUUGAAAUCCUCAAAUUAUAGCAAAUGAUAAAAAAAAUCCCCUUUUCUGUUCCACC